GCUGUCUGUGACGCAUUUUGUUUGGAACUUGAAGAAUUGUAAAUUAAAUUAAAAUAAAAUGUCUGCAAGCAAGCAAAAGAAACUCAAUGAUAUGGAAGUGGACCCCAACGAUGACGACUCCAGCUCCAGUGAGGAUGACGACGACGAGCCGCAUCCAGAUGCUUACAGGGGCAAUGAAGAACUGGAUGUAGAUUUUGAGGGCCGUGCCCCGGUGGAUCCAGAUGCCCAGGGUAUCUCCCAAUUGCUGCAGCGUCUUUUCCUGCGAGCUCACAUCAAUUGUAACCAAAUGGCUGAUUUGAUUGUUGCACAAAACUACAUUGCGAGUGUAAUAAAACAGUGGAUUGGUGACGAACCUGAAAGCGAAGCUGAUGAUGACAACAUGGCAGAGGAUGACACAGUUUUUGGAAUCACCACUGUUCUGAAUUUGACCGCCAAGAAGGACCAGCCCAGCAUUGCCCAGCUGCGCACUUACUUACUGGAUCGAGCCAAGACGCAUGCUUCGGGAAAAGUUUAUCAGCAGCUCAAGGAGCUUCUGGACAAUGAAGAGCGGCAUGUGGGAUUUCUCAUCAAUGAACGGUUCAUUAAUAUCCCAGUCCAGAUCUCUGUGCCACUCCUGCAGAACCUGCAGGAGGAAAUAGACGCCGCCAAGGCUAAAAAGAUGAAGUUUGACUUUGACACUCUGUUGCUUUUAGUCAAAUUCUAUCGGAAGGAAGCGAAGAAGGGCAAACCGGUUGAGGAUGAGUACAGCAACCCCGAGGACGAGGUGCUUUCAGACGGAGCCAAGAUAUCCUUUGAGUAUUCGGUGGCCUCGGAAACAGAUUCCGGUAUGUCCGGGGAUUGGCUGGAGGGCGAUGCUGUCCUGACACCCUACAGGAAACUCUUGGUCCUGGAGGCCAAGCAGCUGCCACAGCUAAUCAAUGACAUUCAAAGCUUCAUCGAUGGUGAAUAAAGUGUGACUUUCUGUUA